UUCCUAAACAGAAUACUCUGUAAACCUUCGAGGACCAAAGAUCUCAAAAACUGAAGCUAGUCCGUUCUGUAAGUUUUGCUUUCAAUUCUUCUUCGAAUCUUUACUGAAACUUUGAGUAGAUUAUUGAUUAGAUCCAAGGUUCCCCCUAUUCUUCUCGUGUGAGAAUAAAAGUCCUAUUUUUUUUUUUUUAAAUCAAAUUCAUGAAAUUUGAUUUAGGGUUAGGGUAUUCAGGUUUUGUUCUGUGACUGGGUUCUGAUUCUUAGCAUUCGAGCUCUGUCUUGGGUGAUCUUCUAAGCUUCUUUAGGAUUUGGUUUGGGAUUCAUUUCAAUUCUUGUCCAAUUUGUGUUACCCUUGAUCAAUUUAUGGUUCUGGAUUGUUAAUUUAGCAUAGGUUCUGCAAUUUCUUGGGCCCAUCUGUUUUUCUGCAUUGAUUACCUCCGGAGGUUGUAAAAUCUGAUUUUCUAGGGUUUUCGAUGGUAGAAUUUAGCUUUAAGUGCCUAAUCUUGAAGACCCAUUUCGUAUUUUUGUUGUGACUGAUCGCUACCUGCCUACUUGAUAUCUGAUGAGACGUCGCCUGUCGGAGUGUAGUCCUCCUGGGCUAAUGCUGAAGGCUAGUGGAAAGAAUCAAUCGUCUCGUUUCUGUUGGCUACUGUCCUUGUCUGUGUUGUUAUGGUUAGUAUUCUUUUACUUCCAUUUUGUGGUAAUUGGAGGUGGUACCAUCGAUGAUUUCAUAAAAUUAGAGCCAACUCAAUCCCAAACCCUGCCAUCCAAGGCAAGUCGUCCAUCAGAGGACAGUUAUCCGUUUAUGCGGGCUUUGAGAACAGUAGAGAAUAAGAGUGAUCCUUGUGGAGGAAGGUACAUCUAUGUCCAUGACCUCCCUCCACAGUUCAAUGAGGAUAUGCUCAAAGAGUGCCGGAGUCUCAGCCUCUGGACUAAUAUGUGCAAGUUCACCACCAAAGCUGGGCUUGGCCCCACAAUGGAAAAUGUUGAAGGGGUUUUCUCAAAUACUGGUUGGUAUGCCACCAACCAGUUUGCCGUGGAUGUGAUCUUCAGCAACAGAAUGAAGCAGUAUGAGUGCUUAACGCAAGAUUCUUCGAUUGCUGCUGCCAUCUUUGUCCCAUUCUAUGCUGGGUUGGAUAUAUCACGCUACCUUUGGGGUUACAACACCUCUGUUCGAGACGCAUCAUCUCUAGCUUUGGUGGAUUGGCUUACCAAGAGACCUGAGUGGAAUGUUAUGGGUGGUAGGGAUCAUUUCCUGGUUGCUGGCCGAAUAACGUGGGAUUUCAGAAGAUUAAGUGAUCAAGAUUCUGACUGGGGUAGCAAGCUUUUGUUUCUUCCAGCUGCGAAGAACAUGUCGAUGCUUGUUGUCGAAUCGAGCCCAUGGAAUGCCAAUGAUUUUGCUAUACCAUAUCCUACCUACUUCCAUCCAGCAAAGGAUGCUGAUGUCUUUGUGUGGCAGGAUCGGAUGAGGAAAUUGGAGAGACCAUGGCUUUUCUCAUUUGCUGGAGCUCCACGUCCUGGCAAUGCCAAAUCAAUUAGAGGGCAGAUCAUUGAUCAGUGCAGAGAUUCCAAGGUGGGUAAGUUACUGGAAUGCGAUUUUGGGGAGAGUAAGUGUCAUUCUCCCAGCAGUAUAAUGCAGAUGUUCCAGAGUUCUCUGUUUUGCCUUCAACCUCAAGGUGAUUCAUACACACGAAGGUCAGCAUUUGACUCGAUGUUGGCUGGUUGUAUACCUGUUUUCUUCCAUCCUGGCUCAGCUUACACGCAGUACACUUGGCAUCUGCCAAGGAAUUAUUCGAAGUACUCUGUGUUCAUUCCCGAGGAUGAUAUUCGUAAUGGGAAGGUUAGUAUAGAGGAAAGGCUACUGCAAAUAUCUCCGGAGCAGGUGAAGGCCAUGAGGGAGGAGGUUAUAAGCCUUAUACCAAGAUUGAUAUAUGCAGAUCCAAGGUCAAGACUGGAGACUCUUAAAGAUGCAUUUGAUGUAGCGGUGCAGGCUGUUAUCAACAAAGUUACCAAUCUGAGAGAGGACAUCAUUGAAGGCCGUGAAGAUCCAAAUUUUAUUGAGGAGAAUGCUUGGAAGUAUGCUCUGUUAGAGGAAGGACAACGUGAGGUAGGGCCUCAUGAAUGGGAUCCUUUCUUCUCAAAACCGAAGGAUAAUGGGGGUAGGGCUUCAUGAAUGGGGGAUCCUUUCUUCUCAAAACCGAAGGAUAAUGGGGAUUCAGAUGGCUCAUCUGCAGAAGCAGCUAAAAAAUCUUGGAAGAAUGAGCUAAGGGAUAAAUAAUGACUGGAGAAGAAAUCUCAUCAUAUACAUUCCAGUCAAGCCUGAUUACUGUGGUGGAGCUUGAAACAAUCAUAGCUACACCAGUGAAGGACAAACUGCAAGUAUGAUCCCUGACGAGAACCUUUUGAUAAAAUUCUUUAGAACUUGCCAUCAAUUUUCUCAUAUUUGUGUUCAAUCUUGUUUAUGUGCUGUGUGGACAAAUGUUUCUCCACAUACAAAUAGAAUUUUGCAUUAGAAAGAUUGAUUCCAUUUUGUUUAGCUAAUUUUCUUCGUAUUGUUUUCCAGAUACUUGACCGUAAUCUUUGGUCCUGUCAAGUCAUAUUAGAAUUAGGAAUAAGAGACUUAUAUGCAUUUAUCUUUCAUCA